CGGCCCCCGGGCCCCAGAGCUUCUCGGCCCAGGUUCCCGAGGCGCGCGUCUCGUGAGGAAUCUUCGGGCAAUUUCACGUUAGAGUAGUCUUUUGGCGCUCCAUCAUGGCGUCGUUCGGAGGAGUGGCUGUCUCAGACCCGAAGCUCUCGGGUCAUUUCACGCAAGGGCAGCUUCGAGCACUCAAAGCGCAGUUUGAUGCUUGGAAUGUAGGUAAAUCAGGCGUCAUCACAGCAGCUGAACUGGAAGCAGGAAUGGAGAACCUGAAUUUAGCAAAGCCACUGACAACAGCAGAAGUAGCGAAGUUGGUGGAGGAACACGACGUGGACCACAAAGGAGGACUGGAGUUCGAAUCCUUUUUGCGGGUCCAGUUGGAGCUACAGAAAAAUGGUCGAAGUCCUGCGGUUAGCCCACAGAAGUCCGCAUUUUUAACAACUGCUCAAUUUGCGAAUGUGCAUCACAUCAGUGCUUCUGAAAAGAGAGCCUACGUUGAUCACAUUAACACCUACUUGGAUAAUGAUCCUGCUAUGGUGAAGUACCUACCAAUUGACCCUACAACGGAUGACCUGUUCAAUAUUGCAAAAGAUGGCGUCCUUCUAUGUAAAUUGAUCAACUUGGCCGUAACGGGGACCAUUGACGAGAGGGCAAUGAACAUCAAGGACAAACUAAACCCUUGGGAAAGGAAUGAAAAUCAUACACUAUGUCUGAAUUCCGCUAAAGCAAUUGGGUGCUCAGUCGUCAAUAUUGGUACACAGGACCUGGUUGAGGGUAGGCCGCAUCUUGUGCUGGGGCUUAUUACUCAAAUCGUCAAGGUCCAACUUUUGGCGGAUAUUAAUUUGAAGAAAACCCCUGAACUAGCUGAGUUGCUCGACGACAUGGAGGAAUUUGAGGAGCUCCUCAGACUCCCAGCCGAGAAGCUGUUACUACGAUGGAUGAACUAUCACUUGAAAAAGGCUGGCUACACGAAAGUGGUCUCUAACUACUCUUCCGAUGUGAAGGAUGGCACAGCGUAUGCAAUGCUUCUCCACAAGCUGGCUCCUGAGAGCUGUACCUUGGAACCCUUAAGCAUUUCUGAUCCUCUCGAGAGGGCCCAGGCCGUCCUAGCCCAGGCCUCACGUAUUGGUUCUAGCAAGUAUCUAUCUGCGAAGGAUAUUGUUGAUGGCUCACCUAAUUUGAAUCUUGCGUUCGUAGCUCAUCUUUUCCGGAUCAGAAGUGGAUUGUCCACAGACAGCAGCAAGUUUACUUUUGCCGAACUCAUAGAAUCUGAUGAUGAGCAAGAUUCACGAGAGGAAAGAGCUUUCCGAAUGUGGAUCAAUAGUUUGGGUAUUGAGUACGUGAGCUCCUUGUUUGAAGAUGUUCGAGAUGGGUGGGUACUUCUUGAGGUUCUAGACAAAGUGUCUCCUGGAUCUGUUAACUGGAAAGGAGCCACUAAACCGCCUAUCAAAAUGCCCUUUAAAAAGGUGGAAAAUUGCAAUCAAGCUAUUUCGAUCGGCAAGUCAUUAAAGUUCUCACUCGUCAACGUAUCUGGCAAGGAUCUAGUCGAAGGCAAUAAGAAACUAACGCUCGCAUUCCUGUGGCAGCUUAUGCGAUAUCAUAUGUUUUACCUGCUAAAGAACCUCAGACUGAAGGGCAAAGAGGUAUCAGAGGCCGAUAUCGUGCAAUGGGCCAACCUUAAGGUCAGGAACGUUGGAAAGACAUCAAAGAUGGAAAGUUUCAAGGAUAAGAGUUUGGCAUCAGGAGUUUUCUUCCUCGAUCUGUUGGGGGCAGUGGAGCCCAGAGUGGUUAAUUGGAACAUUGUGACAUCUGGUUUGACUGAGGAGGAUAGGAAGAAAAAUGCAAUGUACAUUAUCAGUGUUGCUCGGAAGAUUGGAUGCUCCAUAUUUUUACUAUGGGAUGACCUUGUGGAGGUGCGACCUAAAAUGAUUCUGACUCUAGCUGCCAGCAUCAUGCUCUGGAGUUUAUCGAGUAAGGCCAAAGUUGCAGAUGCUUCCGCAUCACCGGAGAAAUCCCCAUCCGUUAAAUCAGAAUCUGCUCCAUCAUCACCCCCCACAGCUCCAGCAUCACCGCCACCAGGGGAAGAUGUAUUACCACCUCUGGAUACUCCAUCAUCCCCUCCUUUGGAUCCUCCGUCAUCUCCACCUGUGGAUGAACCAUCAUCACCGCCUUCGGCUCCACCGCCUGAAAUCGCCGAGAAUGGUCAUGAUACUCCAAGCUAGUCCGUGGGUUUGUGUGGAGCUGGUAGUUUAGUCAAAUUUAUGAGUCGUUAGUUCUCUGAAAUGAUUAAGAAAAGUAGGUUGAUUCUUUCUGGCAUUGCUAAUAGAGCACCGUAUUUUUUAAAGCCCUUCGAGUCUUUUAACCUCUUCGGUAUGGCUUGUUUGAGCUUUGUGUAUAGUAGUAAAUUACACCUUCCUAUAGUGGCUCAAGUUUCUUUUUCCAUACGAGUCGAUAUAGCUGGUGGCUUGUUCACAUCACACACCACCUUGUGCUCUAAUAAUCAGGCACAGUUUUUCAGGGCAACAGUUGGUAUGACUUUGCUAGUCGCUGUUUGGCCCACUUGUCAACUCACUACUGUGAGAUAGGGAACUAUUAUUGCUCAUAGUCCGUCUAGGAACUCAUCAAUGCAACUUGUACGAGUUGCCUUUGCCAGGUUGGUUUGCGCAAACCAUUGGUGCCUUGUUAUAAGUAAAAGCUCAUGGUAUAUUUUGUCCCCCUGUUUCCCGAGAUCCUCUUUGCACUCAAAUCUCUGAGAAGAGAAGGGCAAUGGGAUGGAAAAGAAAAAACCCUGCGAAAUCCGGUGCCUGCCGGAUACUUAUUUUGCGUGUUUAUUCUCUCGACUGGAGCACCUAAAUCACCGAGCCGACCAUCAUCAAUCGUUGCCUGAUGUGCAUAUACAUGUUGCAGAUGACCCAACCGAGCUCCCAGAACUGGAAGCUUUCAUAUUUCCUUGGGGAAUCUAUCCUUAUCUUGGCGAUGAGCCGGACUCCACAUAAGCUUGCAGGACACAACAGCCAAGAGAUAAGAAAGUCGGUGUCCGUUCGUGGAGAACAAAUGAAGUCCUUUGCCUGAAGCAUUCUGACGGUUCGAUAUUGUGUCUGAAAUGGACGAGCCGAUUCCUGACGUCGGAAUGCAAACCUUGAGUAUCUCACGCACGGUAACACAAACAUUUCUACCCUGCCC